UCCAUUUACCUACUAAGAGCACUUCUUCUCGAUACCAUCUCUCUCCUUCAGCCUCUUUAAAACUAUAACUGCGGGGUAGCUUUCUGAUGCAUCAAAGUCCCAGUGAAAUCAUCUUUUCUCUAGCCCCCGCGGCCGGGAAUAUUACCAACGAGCCGUGCAUAUUUCGAUAUGACUAUGGCGCAUUGCAGUUAAGGCCUCCGAGGAAGAGAGGGCGGCCAAAAGGAUCGACAAAGAAAAGGAACGAUUCGACCACUACAGUCGGAAGCCAUUUUGACUUCAUUAAUGUGACUAAUCAGUCGAAACAUGUCGAUCAUGAGUCCCGUGUCAAGAUUCGGAGGCACGUAAUGGUCAAUUAUAUGACACUAAAGCACAAGAAACCAAAAGAAUUUAAAGAUCAGCUUGUCCUUCCACCGCAGGUUACUAGCGUUGAUCCGUUCGACGCAUUUCCCUUCCGUCUAGAGCCGUAUAUGCACGAUCUUUUGAAAUAUUAUAUCACUAUCGGUUGGAAAACAUUCUACUCAAUCGAGAAGCAUGCCGAAUUCAACCCUAUGACAGACUACUGGAUAGCUCUGGCGUUUCAAGAUAGUGCAUUUUUGCACACGCUGUUAGGAUGUGCCGACUCUCUUUCUGUUGAUGCACCUUGGCGAGGAAUUCAGAGUCGACCAAGAGCUACCCGACACUUAAAUGCUGCGAUCUCCUUAGUUAAUGAACGAAUUGCGAACCUCGAGUUCGUAACAGACGAAAUGCUUGUUGUUGUAGCAACUAUAGCGAUUCUUGAGAAAUCCCGCGGCGCUCAUGCUCACUGGAGCAUCCAUAUGGAAGGACUGCGCAAGCUCGUCCACCUACGUGGUGGGUUUAGCUGUUUAGAGUCGAAGCCGCUUCUGAUGGGAAAAUUGCAGCGUGCUGAUCUCUGCGGCUCGAUCGAUGCCGUUCAAGAGCCUUAUUUCGCCGGCCGUUACAACCCAACCUUUUCAAUCACUAGCGACACUAACAUUCUGAACGGAGGCUUUCAGCAAAUAGACGACCUCAUUAAUCUUGAUAAAACAUUGAAACUAUGCCUUACCUCUCUAGAAGGCUCUAUGAAGUUAAUGAAAUGUCUCAUAAGCAACAAAGGUGGUCGCGUGGAAGCAGCGAGACUCCGGUUUGGGCUAACAGCGACACAGUACACGCUACUAUCAGCGCAUUUUUAUAGUAACCAUGCAGGUCGGGAAUUUUUUCGCUUAACCUUGAUCCUUUUCUCAGAGUGUCUAUUCAAUGAGAAGGUCCCAUCGGCACCGGUAUGCGAUAUGCUUAUUACUCGGCUACAAAAUCUCUACAGACAAACACACUAUUGCCUAUUGACCGCAGAGUUUUCUUUAUGGGCGAUGUUUCUUGCUGCAUUCGUUGCGUCUAACAAAAGUUUGAAAAACUGGUGUCUCUUGGAGAUUGUGGAGUUUAAUAAAGCUAUGGACAUUAAUUCAUGGGAAAGGACAGUCGAGGUUUUAGAACUGUUCCUGUGGGACUCGCAUUUGUUUGGGGAACAGUUUCGAAAAAUAUGGGACGAAUCAUUUGCUUUUCAUCAAUCAAUAUGAAUUGAUCAUAUAUGUAUACAUAUGUACUAUAUGGAACGAUACGUACAACAACAACCGGACUGUAUCAGCCACACCAAAUCUAUCUCUGCGUGUCCAAAUGCACUGCAAGGCCAACACUUGAAGCAAAGUGUUGGGUAAAAUAGAAAGUGAGAUUGAUAUAUGAUACGUGUACACUUUCUCAUUGAACCUGUCAGAUCAAUUUGGUUUGAUGUUCAUUAAAUGCGCGCAUAUAUCUAAACAUCGAGACAGCAUGUUGAAUGAAUGCCACUUAAAUACUCGUUUUAA